CAGAGAUGCACAAUCAGCUGGCCUGUGUCCAGUUGCUCCCCAACGUCAUGGGCCUCCCGCGAACAUUUCAAAUGCUCGUCCUCGACUCCAGACUUCACCACCCUCCGAUAGUCUAGUUUCUCUUUGCCAGCUAAGCCCGCCGGAUCUGCAUAGCCGGAUCUUGUUCAACAGCAUUUUUCUCUAUUGUCGUGCUUGAGACGCUGUGCACCUGCAAGGCUUCCAGCCGAACCAGCCGGGCUCCCUUCGUCUUCAGGGGUGUCCACCAUGUCCCAAACAGUUACGCAACCUCCCAAAACGGGUAACAUGGCUCAGGUAGGCCCUUCUCAAAAAUUCAGACCAUUUGAGGGAGGGUCCUGACCCUGGAUCAUUCAGGCCUGCGAUCUUUGCCGCUUGAAAAAGAGAAAAUGCGAUUUAAAAACGGCAGGCGGUAGGUGUUCGGCAUGUGAAAAGUCCAAAUCGGUGUGCCAGAUGACACAUGUCACCAAGCCGCGAGAGAAGCGGAAAAAGUUGUUGUCCCUGUCCGUGGAGGAGUACUUGGUCUAACAAGGAGCAGGAAGCAGAUGGAGAAUCUAGAGGAGCGCCUCAAAAGCCUCGAGGAACUCAUCAAAAUGUCGGUCGCGGCAAAGAUUUCGGAGGGCAGUCUCUCGGAGCGGGUGGACGUUCUGACUCCCUCCUCGCUGCCGUCGACUACAUCCCCGACUGAACAAACCUCAUAUGUGUCAGAUACACUUCUGUCAGAAAUGGCAGAUCAUAGUGCCCAGCCGUCGCCUAGCCAGACACUGCUGCAAGCAAUCGGCUCCAACCAACUGCGAGGAAUAACGAGUGACUUCUCGCAAUCACUAAGCAGAGAAAUCAACCUGCUGGACACCGAAGUGGCUCAGCAAUGGAGCCCAAACUCGGAUUCCUCAUUUGCCAUGCCGGCCCCAGCCCUCGCUACGACUGAUGAGGAGCUUCGUCCUCAGGUCCGUUAUAAUGGGGCGAAGAAGUGCUCAUUGCCACCAGUCCAAGGCGGCCUCUUUCUACUGCAGGAAUUCCUGGUGGAUUUCAAUGCCGCGAUUCCACUUUUCGACCCUGCUGUUAUCACGUCACUGUUCCAGGACUGUUAUAACGGUAGAGCCAACGGUAAACCGAUUGAGUGGGUUGCGCUCAAGGUAGUCCUAGGCAUUGCACACCGCUUGCGAGCAAUGAGUCCGUUGGGUGUCCCUCAAGACACGGAGAAUGCCGAAAUCUAUCUGCAAGAAUCCCUCGACACUGUUCCGGAAUUGCUGGUUUUACGGCCGUCCUUGCUUCUAGCGCAAUGUUUUCUCGGCUUGGCUGUGGUGAUAUCGACUUCCUCGCGACCGUAUCCCGCCCAGAUGUUUGUCUCCCUGGCCCUGCGCGUCGUCCAGGAUCUUCGGGUCAAUGAUCCUCAAGGAAUCGAACCGAUUAACGCGGUCGACCGGGUCCAGCAACAACGUGUUUUCUGGAUUGCUUAUUUUAUGGAAGUAGACAUGAAUCUGAGGGCAGGCAGACUACCGAAUCUAACGCCGAGACUGAUCAACAUUGAAUUACCGAGGGAUGGCGAGCCGGAUGCCGCCGGUGAAAUCACUGCUGCCAACGGAGAGUUCAAGGUCAACAUCUUCCGACUUCAUGUGGAACUUGGUUUGCUCCAGGCCGAAUUCGGGGAACAGCUCUCGCUGCCACAUACUGCUCCAAAGUCAGAUUGUCCAAGCGAGGUCGAGUUACGUUCAAUCAAUUCACGGCUGGAGGAGUGGCGACGCAACUGGAUCUUCGAGCUCGACGCCGAGCAUCUACGUGCGGCUCUGCAUCGGUCGGAUCUGGUCCAUUUUGUGGUCCUAGAGUCAACGUAUUUUUCGACGACCUACGCCUUUUGGGCACAUAUUUUGCCAGCGCCUCGGACAAGAAACAAUGCAUUUUCAGCCCAAGGACUAAUCGAGGGAAUGUCGAAACAAAAAGCGCAGAUUUUGCACAAAGAUGCACGGAGAUUCAUCGACCUUCUGAGGUUGAUUCCGGGCGACGACAUUGCCUGCAAUUGGCUAUCGCUAGAAACCAUUGUCUCAGCAUUAGUGGUCGUGCUUGCCCAUAUUAUUUUCAACCCACUCGACGAAAGUUCCGUGUCGGACUUCGGUGUGUCGCGACAUAUGCUACAAAUCCUGCAUCGUUUGAGCAACAUCAGCAAAGAUGACGGACUGGUUGCCAUUCAGAAUUUAUGUGUAGAUCUAUAUCUAAGGGCCGAGAGAGCAUUACAGGGGGACAAACCGCUCCGCCGGUGACAAUCCAACAGGCCAACAUCAGAACCGCCGACAGCCUCGUACCCUGGACAUAUUGAAUGGAUCGACUGAUGAUGAACACUAGAAUGGGUUGGACGACUUUGUACUUAUAUUUGGCAAUAUACCCAGGCGUGCUCAUGAUCUCAUAUUGUCUUGAAUGGUUGUGUCGAGUAAUUGCCGGCCAGCUA